GAAGAAGAAGCAACCGCAACAUGUUUCUGCGGCGCAGUGCAACUCGCGUUUCCCGUCCAAGGCCCCGGCCUCGUCUCCUCCUUCAUCUGCAACUGUGCCGACUGCAAGAAACUCACCGCCGCACUAUUUGCCUCCAACUUCACUAUUAGAGAUGAAUACCUCAAGCAUGUGCGCGGCCGCCAGCAUCUCAAAACAUAUUCGCACCAGCUUUCUCCUCCUCCCGCGCAAACAAAUCGCGCAUCAGGCCACAGCAUGACAAGCUACUUCUGCGAAGCCUGCGGUACCCUCAUGUAUCGCAUUGGCGCGGCGUUUCCCAAAUGCUCGAUUCUGCGCCUCGGCACUGUCGACGACUUGCGGUUGGCCGAGACCAAGCUGAAGCCUACGCGCGAGCUGUUUGUCAAGGACCGCGUGAGCUGGAUUGCUGGUGUGCAAGGGAGUGAGGGGAGGAGGAAGUAG